AUGCUCCAAGACAGUAAACUGGCCAAUCAUGGCAAGCAGGCCACCAGUGACACCCGAUCCCAGAACCCUGGCGUAAACCCACAGGCACAGCAGCAGGGAGCUGCCGGCCACCUGGGUUCAAAGGGCGUUGGCGCUGGGAGCCAUGGAGUCAAAACCAACCAGAUUUCCUCCGGCAACCCUGUGCUGAAGGCUGUCAGCCAAUCGGUGAGCAGCGUCGGAGGGAUGCUGAAAACCAAAUCCAAGCGGGAGCGGAGCGUCUCCAUUGACUCUAGUGAAUCGAGAAAUGCCAUUCCCCCAGCCCUGGAGACAGAUGCCAAAGGAGAGGGUGUUAUGCGCAGUAAGCGCCGCUGUGUCCUGGAGAAGAAACAGCCAUACAGUGGAGAUGAAUGGUGCUCUGGACCUGACACAGAGGAAGAUGAAGACAAGCCACACACUACGACCCACCGGGAGCGCGGGCUGGCAGGUCCUCUCCAGGGCCUUUCUGAUCGCCUGUCAGUAGGGCCCAUGCCUGAACCUGGGGGUCCUGUAAUGGGAUGUGGACUGGGACCAGGGCUAAAAGCAGAACCACCUCAGUCUUCACAGCAAGUGGUGUAUGUUUUCACAACCAACCUAGCCAACAGUGCUGCAGAGGCAGUAAUUAAAGGACAGACGGAUUCCAUUCUUCUGUUUCACCAGCAAAAUGUUCCACGCACCAAGUUGGAGCAGGGCCACCCAUUAGCAAAGCUUCCUAACAUAUCUGAGAAGGUGAACUCCAACAGCUCUCCACCAACAGGCACCCCAAAAUCCCAAAGUGGAACUCCGCGACCAGCCUCCGCAGGAGUUGGAGGCCCAUUGCACCGUGCAGGGACACCAUCAUCAGCAGGACAUUCUGAUAAUGAAUCCUCUCAGAUCAGAUCAGGCGGUGCCUCCAGCAAUAAUAGCAACGUCGCCCAUAGGUCAGACGGAGGAAACUCGGCCACACCGGCAGGACCAGUUCCAGGUUCUGGAGAUGGGGAAACUACAGGGGGUAUGCCUCUUCCUGUUGCUACAGUUUAUCCCUCAGAGAGUCCCUCCAUCCUAUCUGCACACUUACAGGGUGAUAUAGGCCAGAGGAGUGGCCCAGGGAACACAGAUGGUCUCUCUAAAGAGCAGCUGGAACAUAGGGAACGCUCUUUGCAAACGCUGAGAGACAUAGAGAGACUGCUACUGCGCAGUGGGGCAAGUGGAGGCCCUGGAGAGACGGGUGGCUCCAACAACAAUGCUACUAAUAACUCUUCCAAUCUAAAUAAUAACAACAAUACUGACAGAAGUGCUAUUCUUGAGCAUAGUGAUAAUGGUACUAAUAACCCUGGAAAUUGCAGUAGCAGUAAUAUGCUAUCGUCAGCCUUGGCUCCGAUGGGAGGGAUAAAGAAAUAUGAAGAACCCCUCCAGUCCAUAAUUUCUCAAACACACUCCCUUGGUGGACCUGGCCUUGAAAGCCCUCAAAUGGACUCUCACCAUAACCUACCACAACACCCCCACCACCAGCUGUCUUCACCUGGGGUUGAUAUGGGUCCGUUACUUGGACCUGAAGGGCUGACCCCUGAGCAAAUGGCGUGGAGGAAACUUCAAGAAGAAUACUACCAAGAGAAGAGAAGACAACAGGAAAUGCAACCCCCCACACAUCCACAGCACUUUAGAAUGGUGACUGAGAUGGGCGUUCAUGGAGGUCCCAUGAUGAUGAGAGGACCCCCUCCUCCCUACCACAGCAAGCCUGGAGACCAGCAGUGGGGUCCUGGCAAUAUGAUAGGAGGAGGAAUGGGCGGAAAUGCACGAAUGAUAGACAUGCACCAAGAUGGACCACGUGGCCCGAGGUUCUUGGGACAGAUGCAGAGAGGGCCACCUGGGGGAGGGGCCUUUCCUGGUAGUCCAGGGGGAGUUUUAUCAAUGGAGGGUCUAGGACCCCAAAGGCCCACCAGGCCAGGGAUGAUUUGGAUAGACGACAUAGGUGGAGGAGGUCCUUUUCAUGGCUGCUAUCCUGGUGGGCCUCCUCAGCACUUACAGGGAGAGCAAGAGCAUCUGUUAACACGUGAGGAAAUGUUUCGCAUCAUGGAGAAACGGCAAAUGCAGGGGCUUCCCCGGUUUGAACUUGACCGAUUAACAAAACAGCAGCAACAGGACAACCUGGGCUCAAGAAUGAUGGAUAAUCCUGGCGGCCCAGACUUUUCCAAUUUGGGAAUAGGUCGAGGCCCACCCUCCACGAGAGGAGAUCCAAUGGACUUUCCUGGCUCACGGGAGAUUAUGGGCUCUCCUGGUGUGGGUCCUCAGAUGAGAGACAUGUUGGAUUCUCCUCUGGGGAGCAACCUCACAAUGAACAUGAACCCACAAAUGAAUGUUCAACAACAGCAGCAGAUGAUGCUAUCUCAGAAGCUCAGAGGAGGAGCUUUGGGCGAGAUGUUUAGUCCUGGAGAGAUUGCACGAAUCAGGGCUUCACAGAAUGGAAGAGGAGGAAAUAAAGGAAUGAUCCCAGGACCUGAUGGUCCAUUCCAGUUUCCCAAUCAAGGUCCCUUUACCGGAGGACAGGUGGAAGGAUCCUAUCUUCAACAACCCGGCCCUGCAAUGUUUGGGUCCGACCAGCAAGGACCUAAUCAUAUGGGAGGUACGUCGCGGCUCAGUCACAUGCCAAUGACUGGAGGCCUUAGGGGAGCAGAUCUUGGUCCUAGGCACCCCUCUGACCUAUCAAUCAAUGUUAAGCCUCUGACAUCUCCUUCAGUGCCUCCUCCUCAUCAGCUUAAGUCACCAUCCCUCAAUCAAGAGCCAUCUCCUCUUCUACUUUCCCCCUCUGCUCCAGGACUGAAGUCACCCUCACAGAUCUCCUCUGCAGGCCACCACCCCCCUCUCCCCCCUGCAUCUGGUGCUGGGACUCCGUCCUCUUCUUCCAUGAAGUCUCCCCAGGUAAUGGGUUCUUCCAACCUUGGCUUGCACUCUCCGUCUGCCUCUCCUGGACGUCUUAAGUCCCCAGCAAUGGCUGUGGGUUCGCCAGGGUGGUCAUCUCCUAAAACAGCUCUUCCAAGUCCAGGUGGUCCAACCAGUGGGAAAGUAGUGGGCAAUGGAGGAAGUAGUAUUACUGAGACAGGGCAAUCACUUCACCCCAGAAGUUCCAACUCUACCCCCAUUAGCCAGCCAAGCUCUAUGAAUCCUAGUAUGCCAUUUACCUCCUCUCCUGAUGCCCCUCCAUCUCAAAAUCCUUUAUCCCUUAUCAUGUCUCAGAUGUCCAAGUAUGCCAUGCCCAGUUCUACUCCUCUCUACCAUGAAGCAAUCAAAACAAUUGCCACUUCCGAUGAUGAGAUGAUGCCUGAUCGACCUCUUCUAUCUGGUGUUAGCAUUGGAGGAAACAUUGGAAAUCUCCAGACCUCCCAGAUACUUGUCUCCCAGGGCUCCAUUGGCCCGCACAGUGAUCCACAAAGCCCCAUGGGUGUUGUAAAUCAAGGUCAGCAGCACCUGUCCCAUGAUGCUUCAGGACCUGUUCUCUCUUCUCCAAACCAAAUGGGUCUACCUGCCAUGAAUUCUGCCAUGAUGGGAGGAGGCGGACGUGAUGGAAUGGGGCCAUGCAAUGUUUCCCCCAUAUCUCAAAACCAGAUGGCAGGUUUUCCUCGCAUGCAGCCACCAUCUCAUGGGCCCAUGCACUCACCUAUUGGAGGAAUGUCACAUAAUUUCUCUCAGUCUAAUGAGGAUAGUCUGCCACCCCAGCAGUUACACCUGUUGAGCAAAGGUCAUCCUCACCAACGACCCUCUCACCCCUCAGACUCUUUUGCCUCUCUGCCCAUGGGGGAAGGCCCAGAUCUUAGUGAAGUCAUACGUCCCACUCAUAUGGGGAUCCCUGAAUUUGACCUGUCCCGCAUCAUUCCUUCUGAUAAGCCCAGUAGCACUCUUCAGUAUUUCCCAAAGAGUGAGCAACAUCAGAAUCCACAUCAGGGGCCACCAUCCCAGCAGCCUACUCCCCAGCAGCUCCUCAAACAACUGUCUUCUUCUGGUCCUUCAUCCAACCCCCAUUUAGCAAACCUACAGAAUAUGAUGGCUGAACAGCAGCUGCCACUUCACCCUUCACAUGGUGGGAUACGCCAAAGCAUGGGUAUUCAUCAAGGGGGCUCUAGGGUUAUGGUUUCGGGCGGGGGCAUGGGCCCCAUGUGCCCCCCUGGACAUAUGAUGGGAAGGACAGGCAUGGUACCCCAGCAGCAACUCCAGCAACAGCAAGCCAUGAUGGCCAACAGUCUUCUCCACCAUCCUUCCAAUCCAUAUCCUGGCAUGAUGACCUCUCAGCAGCACCCACACAAUCUGAUGGCACAGCAAAACAUUAUGAUGAUGCAGGCUAAGCAGCGAAGCAUGUCAAUUCCAGGGGAUCCGUUCGGCCCCCAGGGUCCUCUGAUGUCCCCUCAGGGUCCCAUGAUGGCCCCUCCCCAUCCACAGUCAGGUAUGAUGGGCCCCCAGUCUUUAAGACAGCGGGGAAUGUCUCUGGACAGUCCUAUUGCCUACGGCCCUGGAGGCAUGGCCAAUAUGCCAUUCUGAUCCAACUUAUAUAAGCUGUUAAAAAAAAAGAAGAAGAAAGUGUCCACAGGUUACGUCCCCCAUCGUGUCCAAAUUUUUUCAUUAAUGUUAUUCUUGCGGCUGUUUGAAAAGAGGAAUGUAAAAAUAAUGUAUCAGUGAUAAUCUUAAAAUUUUGGAUAACAGCUGAUAAAAAAAUGUAAUAUUUAAAAGCACUGUAUCAUGGUUUAGUCCCAAAUCUGAAGCCAUUUUCUAAAAUACUGUAACAUAUGUAUAUUUAUAAGAUGUGUGUAUUUGUUGUGGGAACAGAAUGGCGGUCAGGAGAGGAGUGCCUCAAAUUUAUAUUUGUUUUAAUAUCAUUGAUUUAUUUUCUCCAACUACCAAACUGUUGUGCAAAGGAGUUAUAUAUGUAUAUAUGUAUGUGUGUAUGUAAGUAUAUAUACAUACAUACACAUAUACACACACAUAUAAUAUAUACUUGCUGUAUAUAAGAUGCAAUUUGUGAUUGUUUGCAGUUGGUCUGUAUAGCUGUGUUUUAAUAGAAGUCUAAAAAUAGAAUAAUACUGAUCUCUAAGGUGGUUUCCAUUAUUGUGUUGUCAGUUACUGUUGUUUGAUAACACUGACGAGGGGCAGAGUGGUUGUAUAACAUAUUCAAUCUUUAUUAAAUUCAAUUUGCAGCUGCUAAAAUACAAGCAAAAACAGAUUCAACCAUCAAA